AUGCAGAACAAACUGCGCAAUCCUGUGUGCUGGCGUGGCUGCGUUCCUGCGUGCCGGCGUUUCAUGCGUGCAUGCGUGCCUGCGUGUCCGCAUGCCAGCGCACCUGGCGGCCUGCGUUCCUGCAUGCAGGCGUCGUGUCUGAGGGCCUGGCUGCCUGCGUGUCUGCGUCCCUGCGGGCCAGAGUGCUUGUAUGAUCUUGCGUGCGUCGAGUUAGCACAUUUGAAUUCAAAGGCAGCUCGUUUGAGCCGGGCUCCUUACAAAUGGCUGCCAGUUGUGUGCACUCUGACAGGCAGUAGAGUCGGGCUAAAUCCGAUCGAUGCCUCGGGGCUUACUCCCAAAACCAAGAGCAGCCCUCGUGAACUAGGCUCACGGUGA